AUGGAACGGCGCGUCACCCGCUCCCAAACCCGGCAGGCAGCCGAGGAAGAAGAAACUCAGCCGGAAGGCGACAACUCGGACCAAUAUGAGGCCGGAUUCCAUACCGACGAUGGCGAUGAUGAAUACGAAGAUGUCGAAGAUGAGCACGACGACGAUGAACACGCUGACGAUGACGACGACGACGACGACGCCGCCGACGACGACCAAGACGAAGACGACUACUACGUGGACGAAGAAGAAGAAGAUCCCGCACAUUCCCUAUUUACCGGUCAGCAAGCACUGAUUGCGCAGAUUCUUGGAAUCUUUCCUCGCGCAUCACCUCCGGAGGAGCCCCCUGUUGCCCUUGAUCCCGCGCUUCAAGCUGAGCUUGCAACGUUACGGGACGAGUUCCGUCAGCUCCUGUCUGCUCAAGUGGCGGCCUCACCACACGGCGUGGAAGCGCUGUUGCAUCGCAAGCCCUGCUCGUGGCAAGCGCCCAUGUCGGCCGAGUCACUCAUCACUCCUCCCGACGCUUGCACCGGAGCAAGCGACGACUUGUCGGACUCCGUCCCCGUCGUCCCGCGUUCGCCGCCACCUACCCUGCCCAACAACAUUGCGCUCCGGUUGAGCCAGCGAGAAACAAUGACCGCGCUUGGUUUGCGAAUGAGCGGUGCUGCGCGGGUCGACUUGGCUUCUCGGUUCCUUCCCAAUAAGCGCGUUCGAAAUGUGGACGAGUAUAUGAGCAAAGUCUUCUGCGGCCAAUAUUCCGAUGAUGGCACUGUUUUGGUCACCGCGGCCCAGGACUCGCGCAUUCGAAUGUACGACACCAAUUCCUACACGGUGUACCGAGAAAUCUCCGCGCGCGACAUGGGUUGGUCGAUCAUUGACGUUGCCUUCAGCCCCGAUCAAAAGUUUGUCAUUUACUCCACCUGGUCGUCGAGCAUCAAUCUCGUCAACGUCACGGGACACUCGCUGUUGCACCAAUCUCUUGAUCUUCAACCGAGCGGCUCCUCGCACUUUUGCCCCUUUUCCAUCAGCUUCUCGCGAGACUGUCGCGAAAUUUUGGCUGGCUGCAGUGACAGCGACGUUUACAUUUACGAUAUCGAAGCGCAGCAGCGCACUCUUCGAGCCGUAGGCCACACGAAUGACGUGAACGCCGCCGCCUUUGCUGACGAGUCUUCGAACGUGAUCUUUUCUGGCAGUGACGACGGCACCGUCAAGGUUUGGGAUCGUCGAGAACUCGGACGCGCCCGUCGAGCCAAGCCUGUGGGCCAGUUUAUCGGACACAACAGUGGUAUUACAUUCCUCGAUGCAAAGGGUGAUGGCAGGUACGUCAUUUCCAACGGCAAAGACGAGUGCAUCAAGCUCUGGGAUAUUCGAUGCAUGGCGCCAGCAGGUGCACGUCCACCGCAUGCAAACCACCACGACUAUCGCUUUGACGCUCGCCGUGCAGUUCGCCGAGUCAUCCCAUCCGACACGUCCAUCAUGACGUACACGGGCCAUCGAGUCGCCUACACCCUAAUUCGAGCGUGCUUUUCUCCUGCAUUCUCCACUGGGCAAAAGUACAUUGUUGCGGGCUCUGCGAACGGCACGCCAAUGAUUUAUGAUGUUCUGACUGGCGAGUGUGUACAACGCCUCGUUGGCCAUCGUCAGCCUGUUCGCGACGUGUCUUGGCAUCCGUUCGAGCCAGUCAUUGCCACGGCUUCUUGGGACGGCACGGUCGGCCUCUGGGAACACGAGCGCCAAGGUGCAAUGGAGCACUAA